AUGCCAGUCGGUCAAAUCCCAGCUAUCACGGGCAAGCUGCGCAAGCGCCUCAUCCUCGACCUGAGCGUCGCCCUUGGUGGCGGAACAGCUCUCGGAUACGCUUACUGGUGAGUGAGAGGGCGGAUGAACGCAUGCUGGUAUUUGUGGGACGCACAUCUAGGGGACGCUCUGGUCAGCAAGCUGUAGCUAUGGGCGAUCGAUUCACAGAGCAGAUGCGCUGUCUGUGCUCAACGUCAGAGAGUGUGCGCCGUGGAAGCCGCAGCUCGAGGAGGGAGUGGAACAAAGAGGCGCUGGGAAGGAAGAAGUAGCUGUAAGAGAUCGGUUUUCGGUAGGAAGCGACACUUAG